AUGGAAAUGGGGUUCCCUCGAGAGCAGGCCAUAAGUGCUCUUGAGGCUACUGGGCACGAUCCCAAUAAGGCCAUUGCUUAUUUAUUUGGAGAACUUGAGGAUCCUAAAGAUCAGGGGACGGAAAAUGCCCCUAUAGAAAUCGAUCCCGAGCCGAAAAACCAGGACCAGUACGAUACUGUGGAUGUUAAUAUGCCGCUGGACUUGCCUGACUUCUUGGGCCAGUAUGCGCUGCUGGAUUCUGCCAGUUACUCGCAGCCUCCUACCAGAGGAGGUCCACCUGCUGUGCCUUCGGCACCACGGCCUCAGGUGGCUGAUUUCACUCAGCAGCUGACCGAGUUUAUAGAGGUUGGCAAGUACUCUGAGCCUAUGAGCAGCGACGAUGAUGAUGGCGUUGGAAGCAACAGGUUCCGUGACUACUCAUCUGAUAGUAACUCAGAUAGUAGUGAAGGCUCGUUGCCUAAUAUCAAGACAGAGGGCCACCUUGUGCCGCAAUUGAGAAAGAAGAUUCCUGGUUACAGGUACUGGGUGCCUAUUCUUGCUGCUUUAUGUCAGAAUAAGCAGUUUGCGGAUACGGUAUUGCUGGUGCUGGGUGAUGAGGUGACUCCAUUCGUUGAAGAACUACAGAAGAUUGUCAAUUUCGUUCAGGAUUUCAGGCGUUCGCUGCAGUGGUACAUUCUCGUUGAUGAUUUGCUCCGCAACACAUCUCCAAAUGCCGUAGAAGAUGCAUUAUCGCCAGAGGAAGAGCUCAUCACUAACAUAUACAAGGAGCUCAUCGAUGCCAUUCCAGAACUUUCCCAUGUUUUGAACUCUCAUGUUGAGAGUAUCGAGGAGGAAAUCAGUAACGAUCUUAGCGUCCUUGAACUAGAUCUGGAUAUCAGAAAGCAGAGCUUGUACCUUUCACUCAAUGAGCAGUUUUGGGGCCAGAGUUUCGAAAAACUAGGGCUUGUCAAGUAUCGCAGUGUUGCUCCUGUUGUUACUAUCCACUUAAUGGACGACGACGAUACUUCUCAGCGUCCUUUAUUUGCCAAAGAGCUCUUUUACCCUGAGAUUUAUAGCGAUAAAGCGCUAAAAGCUGUUCAAGAUGAAGUUGCAUCAGCGCAACAAGCAGAGCAUGAACGCCGUGUGAUAUCAAGAAACUUGCUCGACCUCAACUUUUUUGAGGGUAAGAGGUUAGGUAACCUUUUAAGCCAAGCUUCUGAAAUGCUUAAACCUUACCAAGAAGAAGCAGGAGAGGAUCUUCAAAGACUAGGAGACGAUGUGGAAGCACUUCGCAUUGAACAAGUGGAAAGACAAACAAGAGCACAAUCUACGAUCCAUGGCGUACAGAAAUCGAUGACAGAUUUUGCGAAGAUUAUCGAUCAAGUGCCGCUGUUAAACAAGUACAGAUUACAAGGAGUGAUCAUGAGUGAUAGAUGGUACUAUUUCCGCCAGAGAGAUACGUGGGUCAAGAUGGAAGACGCCGAGCUCAUUGAUUUCGAGCAAGUGGAGUCUGAAAUUUUUGACUGUACGAGAAUGGGAUCCCAACCUGUUACACUUUUAUAUGUGAAUGCUGAAGAUGAGCCAGACUGGAGUGACUACGAAGAGAUUGAAUCCAGCGAUGAGGAUGCCAUCGUGAUUGGAAGCGAGUCUGAAGAGGAGAGUGCCAUCAAAUUGACGGAUGACAAGAAUGAAGAAGAGAAGGUGAAGCCAAAGGAUAGCAAAGGUCUGGACGACAAGGAGGUAUUGAUUGACUUGACGGAUUCUUGA